AUGAGGAAUGUCUCGAAUGUUGUACCCGCUGGCGCCGAGUUCUUUUCCAGCAGGCAGCACGUUGAAUCGGAGAUAAGAUGGCGGCGAAAGCUUCAUCGAGAAUUAGCACAAGCACAUUCCCUGCCGACGGAGAGGCCUCAAACUAGAGAUUCUGUCCGCUUCCGCAUCAAAGACUGCCCCGUCGCGACGGUUCCAAGCAAACCCUCUGCGCGGAGUAUACUCUCAUUCCAUCUCCCCCGAUAUUGCAACGGCACAGAAACCUCAAUGAUGAUGUCCAGCCUCGACAAGCCGGGGUGCGGUGGCUUCGUGAGAACCUGGACCGACAGCUGCGACACACAGCAAUUGCUUACCGACGGUGAGGUUUGA